UAAAUAAAUACUGGUACUCUGGUCAAGAAUCUCUCUUUACUCAUUGCUCUGUUUUUUACUAACCUUGUUUUAUUAUUUUGCGAAAACAGGUAGGCUACUUUUUAAUAGGCAACAUUAAGUGAAAUAAUAUAGCUAAGGUAUGGCGUCUGGACUUGAGUAUUUUUCCAUCAAAUACCGUGUACACAGUACAUUAAAACAAACUUUCUUGAACUCUUCUACACGGAAUAGAACAUAGGCUUACAGCACUGCUAAGUAUAAAAUACACAACAUUAGAAAACGAUAGUUAUUGCAAGUCAAGUCAAAUUGAUUGCGGAUGGAAAGAGAAUAAAAGAUAUUGAUGUUUUAAGUUGUUGAUUCUCAGCAGUGCAGGAAGGAUGUCUUGCGAGCGCGCGCACACACGCGCAUGAGCUCCAAACACACGCACCCGCUUCAAAGCAGAUGCAGCACGCGCUCGCAGAGAGGAACAACAAAAGCAACAGUUCAUUCAAAAUAAAAGUGAAUUUAAUCUUCCUCGGUCCAAGACUGGAUUUAUUCGAGUUAAGAGUUAGUCUCAACAGGAGACAGAAGCGAUGGAUGUCCAGCAGCAGGAUGAAGGGCGGGACAGCACACAGCACAGAGUCACGACCCUGGAGAAUUCAACUUAUGUCCACACAGCACAACCACCGGCCACUGGAAAACCUCAAGAGAUGACGGGUCCUGCGUCAGCAGAGACGCUCUGCGCUGACCGUAACCUGGAUCAUGGAGAUAGCAGCGAGUCUCUAACAGACGCUGUCAUAACCAGUGAUGAUGCUUUACUGCUUCCAGACCAUAUACCUACAAUUUCACACAGAAUAGAGAAAGAAAAGUCAAAUCUUCCCAACGGCAUUCCUUCUUCGGUCAUCAAUGGAUCUGCUGUCGUGUGCACGCCACCGUCAGGAAGAACCAAAACUCGCACAACAACGUCACAGACGUGCAACGGACAUGCAAAGUGCGACGGACACAGACACCGGCACAAAAAACACACGCCGUCCACCUCCAAUAGCCAGAAAAGCUUUAAAGGCGACGCCUCUCAGAUACAAAGAGUCGCAGGAGAUGAUUGCUGUGCACACUGUAUACUGGCGUGUCUGUUCUGUGAGGUGAUGUCGUGUUGUUCUGUGGUGGCUCAGUGUUUGGCCUGUGGUCUGGAGUGUGAUGCUCUCUGCUGCUGUGGAGAAGCCGCCUCCGGUGGACUCUGUGCGUGCUGCGGUGAGGACACCUGCUCUGCGCUGUUGAAUUGUGGGAUACUGGAGGAUUGCUGUCAGUCGUCCGAGUGUCUGGAGAUCUGUUUGGAAUGCUGCUCUAUCUGUUUCCCAACCUAGAACUAAACCAGCCGACAGAAGGAUAUCGAGUGCUCAUAAGACUUUAUAAACAAACUGACAACGGACGAAUGCUGACUUUGCUCAUGUUCUGUUGUUAUGCAUUUUGUAUUUAUUUAGUGGAAAGGAUGAAUUUGCUGCUUCGAACAAAAUCUGACGAUGCACUUUUAAGUCAUUGCUUUGUUUAAGCAUCCUGGCAACAUCGCCUCCACCCAUGGUGUGAAUUCAGAACAUCAAAGUCUUUAUUUGCUGCGACUAUUUUAGAAAUUCACUGUCACGUUUGUCACCCAUUUAUUUUGCGACCGAAAAUGUCUGGAAAUGGGAAGGUAACAGAGAUCAAGUGAAAAGCAUUCAGCCGCCACCACCAGCUACGUCCAGCCCGACACAGAAUGAAACAGGUUUUAUUUUCUUUAGACAUCAAAUGUUUUGGAGGAAAUAAUGACUUUGUUUACUUCCCGGAAGCUUAGUGUCAAAUGAUUGCUCUCAAGAAAAAUUGUGACAUGAAUACUUUUUGGUUACAUACUGUACUUGUGUGCAUGUAAGCUUUAAGAAAUGCCCUUUUACUACAUUAACAAUCUUGAUUCACUGUGAUAUUUUCAAACCGAAAUGUUUAUGGUUUUGAGAAUGAGUUCCUGGAACAUGUUCUGUAUAACAGGAUCAAGCGCGUUUUCAAUCUGCAAUAGCUACAGUUUUGUAUUAA